GUUUCCGUCGUUUUUGAUUGGCUAAAAAUUGAAUGACUGUAUAUUUACAGAAAUAAAUUUUAAGUAAAUUCCACUUUCUUCUUUAGUACAGAGUUAUGGAGUUGCUGAAUGGAGUAGAAACUCUAGUUUCGGGAAUUCAUCAUCACCAUCGUACUAACGCGAAGAGAAACAGAUUAGUUAGAUCUGUCAAGAUCUUAAACUCCGGGAAUCAUGAAAUCCCCAGAAAGUGCCUGUGUUUUGAUCUUUACGACAAAUUGGUUCCAUACAAGAAAGCUUGGUCAUGGCAGAAGAGCAUUGUCGAGGAGAAAAAGACAUUGAUUGAUAGAAACCAAGACUGCGCUGAUACAGUGAUUUUGUUACAACACUCUCCUGUUUACACAAUGGGAACUGCUAGUACAGAGGAUUAUCUCAAUUUCGAUAUAAAGGAUGCUCCUUUCAAUGUUUAUCGAACUGAACGUGGUGGCGAAGUCACUUACCAUGGCCCUGGUCAGCUAGUUAUGUAUCCUAUAAUCAAUCUUCGAAAUCACGAGAUGGAUCUUCAUUGGUACCUCAGGAUGCUUGAAGAGAUUGUCAUCCGUGUGCUUUCCUCAACUUUCUCCAUUAAAGCUUCUCGUCUUGACGGUUUAACUGGAGUUUGGGUUGGCAACCAAAAAGUGGCGGCGAUAGGUAUUCGUGUGUCGAAAUGGAUAACAUAUCAUGGUUUAGCUCUUAAUGUCACUACAGAUCUAACACCAUUCAACUGGAUAGUUCCAUGUGGGAUUAGAGACCGGAAAGUUGGAAACAUAAAGGGCUUGCUUGAAGAUGGAGAACACGGAAUGGUUGAUGAUUUGAGGUUGAUCGAUAUAGUUCACGAGUCUUUACUAAAGGAAUUCUCUGAAGCUUUCCAGCUUCAGAUCGAAAAGCAAACAGUUUCAGAUCCUAAUAUUCUGUAAGCUGAGUCUUUUAAACGAUUGGAGUGCUAAAAGGAAGGUGGUAUUGGUAGAACAAAAUCCUUGCAAUCUCUAUAGCAUUCUUGUUAAGUUUUGAACAUAAUGAUCUUAUCUACAUAGAAGGUUUUAUUGGAUGUUUUGUGACAUUGUCUGCUUCUUGUUGAUGUUUAUAUGAGAUUGGUCUAUUUACUUC